AUGUUCAAAAAUAGCGCUUUCCCCAACUUCCAUCGUUAUAUAAAAAGAACUCAGACUGUGGAAAGUCAGAUCACACGCAUUCAAAUGUCCACCCAGAACACUCUGAAACGCGACAAUGAGUUCAAAGACAUGUUAUGUUACCAACAAGCUGUUGUCUUGGCUCUCUUAAACAGAUAUUGCUCCUUUGAGAUAGAACGACCUGGCAAAGAGUCGACCAUCACGUGUACCUUACCAAAAGUGACCAAAAUAAAAUUUGGUGAGUACUCGGUCGAUAUUAGAAAGAAAGCAGAAGACUUAACACUGAAACUGACGUCUGACACGGAGAAGAAGAAACUGAAGGAGAAAACAGUCAAACGGAGGACGGCGAAGAGUGCAAGUGCUUAUGUGAACAACUAUAUGAUCGACGUCUUAAGCGAGUUGGGCUUCUUCUUCAACACAAAAUUGUCGAAGAAGUCGUCGAAGUCGUUUCGCCUCGAACGCGUCUCUGAGAUAUUUUAUAACGGUGUCUUGGUGUUCGACAGAAAUCAAAUACAACACAUGGGAAGGGAAAUUAACACCUUUUUCAAUGAAAUACUGAAAACAUCCAAAACAGCAAGUUUCUUCAAAAACGACUUUACAUUAACACAAAAACUUGGGAGAACGUUUAUAGCUCAGUGCCUACCUUUGUAA